CCUGUCACAGGGAUGGCUCUACCUUUAACUUUACCAUUGUUAUCUUCCUAUCUGUUUAAUACUACAUAAGCCUUGCAGUUAAAGCAGCAUUAUUAAAGGAAGUAAGAAUCAGUCAGUCAGUCCUGCAUGGAUACAUGUAGUUGAAGAGUGUUUUCUUGUGGGAUAUGAUGUAGUAUAGUCUGGUAGAAAUUUUCAGUGUUUUUGGAGAAACCUAUUGCCUUCAUCGUCAGGGUGGAAGCAUAAGCCAGGCAAUGCUGCUUGCUGCUUGCUUACUUUGCUUACUCCUCAACACAGAAGCAGCAGGCAAAGUGCUUGAUUUCAUUCAUGAUUACUCUUUUACCCUGAAGAUGGAGGCAGUGCAUUUCUCCAAAACACCAGUAAAGUUCUACCAGACUAAAUGUUGUCACAUCCCAGGCCAUAGUACUCUUCAUAGUUAGGUCCAAAUAAUCUCCUUAACACUUUGUUCCCAAACACACUCAAUGUACAAGGAUGUUCUUCCUUUAUAAUGUGACUGAUUUCACAGUCGUACAAAGCAAAAGGUAAAAUUACAGUUUUAUAUCUUUAAUUUAAUCUUAGGUGUUUAGAAAGGAGAUGUGAAAAUUAAUGAUUCUGAACAAAAUGGUUAAAUUUUAUGUUUUGGAUUCUAAAUGAAGUUGUUUUCAUUGCAGGGAGGACGUAUCAGUUGCAUCAGUUGACCACACUGUGGUUACAGUCAUGUCUUUCCUUCAUGCAGCUGCAAGGUGCUUCCAAGCUGAUAAUGAUCAUGCAUCCAUUUCAUCAACUGUACUUAAACUUUGUUUAAUAUUCCUCAACUGUAUGUCCUCUAAGCUUGCUACUAGGGAACACAAGCUAACAGCUGUUUGUCUGUAUGCAGAAAAUUUGAAAGGUCUGCUGAAUGUUAACAUCAAACAUUUACAGACAAAAUAUCUGCUUGAUGAAAACCACCAGAGUACUGGGAAAUCAUGCAUUGAUGGAGAAGAUGCAGUUGAAUCAGAGGAGGAAAUUGUUCAGUAUAUAAUAUUAUUAAUUUUCUCAGUUACACUAAUUUCAAAGUUACCUGGAAGUUUGAACAAAAGGGACGAAGAGGAGAUAAAGGUUGAUUCAGAGCAAGAAGAUUUUAUGGGGAAAAUAUCAUUCAGUGAUGUUUGUCUGUUGGAGGAUCACCUUCUGACAGCUCUUUAUUCCAUAGCAGUGUGUGAGUCCUUCAUCAGACAUUACAAGAGUUCCGUGUAUUACUACAAGAUAUUUUCAAAGUAUGAUAUUUUAAAUGAACGAUUUAAACUCCUGAUGCUUGCUUUUGAUGCCAAGGAAGUGAAAAACAUCACUCAUAUCGCUGCAAAAAGGGCAUUACACUGUGGAAGCUUAUGGUUGUCCCUCUUGCACACAUGAGUGCUGAAACAAAUAGAUCUGCAUGACCUGUAUUUAGAUGUUUCAUCAAAUGAUGGAUCUGACAGCACUGGAACUAUUCACAUAUCAGAGAUAUUUCAGUCCUCUCUAAAGUCAGAAGAUAUGAGGCCAGAUAUGGUAACAAUGGAUAGGGAGAAACUGGUAAUGGUGACAUUCUGGCUGAAUCAUAUUAUGUUGACUGCAUUCUUAGUUUCCUCAAUUCUGUCCUCAUUUGGUAUGAGCGGGAGGACAAAACUGACUUAUUAUUUGACUGUUAUUCAUGGCCUUACAUGUUUCGGUCUUCAGAGACCAUCUUGAGAGGGAUACUCUUGCCACCCUAUAUAUCGCUUUAAUAAGCUCAACAAAUUGAUAGAAGAACAAAAACACACAAAGGAAAGUGACAACCAGUAUAUCAUAUUCGACCUCAUAAUACAACAUCAGUACACGCCCACACUAACGUCACAGACACAAGGAAUAUAAAUACGCGGUACAACACAACCUAGAACAGUAAAAGCAACAGAGCGGGCCACAGACACAUACAGGACAACAUUAAAGGUAGGACAAAGUAACAAAAGUCUUUACAAAACAUAAUAGGAUUGAUGAAAUAAUACAAUAUACCCAUAAUAUAUUUGCAGAACCCUCUUCUCGAGAAUGACAAGGUGGCACACGUUUGGCCCCCU